UGCCGCGUGCGAGAGGACGAAUGCAGACGUCCAUUUUGUUUUUGUUGUUCUCUAUAGAAAAAAAAAACAAGUGCGUGUUUAUAGUGCCAACUUUAGAGUGGAAUUUUGUUUCUGCGAUUUGAAGUGAUUGUUCUUUUUUUGAAUUCAAAACUUGUACUUGCGUGAAGUGCGUGAAGUGAAGUUUUUUAAAUUUAGAACGUUUAGAACUGAAGUUUGUUGACUUUACCUUGUGACACAGAUUUUUAACUGGUUUUACGGCUCUGGGUUCUAGCCUUUGGAGUCUUUGUGUCAUAAAAGUAGUGUUAUGUUUUUGGAUCAUCAAGUGAAAUUGGUAGUACAACAGAUCUCACACCAACACUCAUCGGCAUAUAUGACUCUUUAUUGGAGCCGGUAAAGAGUCUAAGGCCCGAAGCGAACCGCCUCGAAACAGCCAAAGAUGCCAGAAACGACCCACCUGUACAAACAAGCAUUGAAGACAACAUGACAGAGGAAAAGGACAUUGCGAUACCUGCCAGCCCACCGAAGGAUCCUUCCAAGUUAGCGGGUAGCAUCCAACUACCCAUAGCAACAGUUAACAAAAGUUCCCUUUUUAUGUUACGAACUAAAAGUGAUAAUAAUGGUGCUAUUGAUCCCAAGUGUAACCUUACCAGUGAUACUGUAAAAGACAAAGUGCAAAGGACGUUUAAAGAUGCCAACAAGGAAACCACAGCUUUCGACAAUCUCUCACCGAAUGUUAAAAGAAUGAUAUCAGGCGCGACGGAGACGACUACGCUGAAAUUCCAAAAGAAAUCAAUAACUAUAGGCAGAUCAUCGACUAGACGAUGUAAUAUACCUUUAGUAGGCGCGACAUCAAAGAUAUCUCAAUCAGGACUUGAAAUAUUACCGUCAGUUGAAAUUUACGAUCAACCCACACUGAAAUCUUUUAGCAACGAAUCCCCAGCUAAAACCGCUAAUACGAUUCCUAUAAUCAAACCAGAAUUUAAAAUUAAUGAUGAACAAACGACUUAUGAUGUCCCGACGAAUAACCAACCGGCUAUAUACGAUGUUCCUAAUCCAAAUAAGACGGCUUUCGAAUCUCUUUCGUUACCUUUCAUCGACCAAUCAAUCGAGCUCUCUAUUUCAUCUAACGAUAGGGAGUUCGAUACCAAGUUGCCAUCAAAAGACAGUUCCCCACAAAAGUCCGAAAUCAAAACAUCAACACCCGAAGCUUCGCCUAUUAAAUACCAGAAAAACCUAAACGAUGGAACGAAUAGUUUACAUAGAAAAAACUUCGGAUCUAAAACAGAAGGAUCGCCGAGUAAAUUAUUAAAAACUGGACCUUAUCCCGAAGCGGUGGCGUCUACAGGAAACUUGAAAAUGAUACAAGAAAAAGAAGUAAUCAGACUUAAUCCAGCGAUUGAAGUGACUAGACCUCUAUCGAUGAGUUCCAUUGCUUCCUCUAGUUCAACUUCAAGCAGUGGUGUGCAAAAUAAAGGCGGAGUGAACUCGGCAUACUUAGCUUCGAUCGAGAGCUUGGACGAUCACAGCGAUGCUGAUAUGACGUCAGCGAAUGGAAGCAACAACUUCGUGAAUAGUGCUGGUUUGCUCAAGACCAGCGUGUCGGAAGACAGUCGGACAGAUUUGCCACGACAAAACGCCUUUGAGGAGAUGCCUGGACUAUCGCAGCUAGAGCGAGUGUGCGCAGAAAUUGUGCAAACGGAGAAUGUCUACGUAGAAGAUCUAAGACAGGUUGUCGAGGGUUACCUGCACGUGUGGCGACGUGACGUCACGUUCUCCGAGGAAGAGUUGAGUGAACUGUUCAACAAUAUUGAACACAUCUACGCCUUCAACAGAUCUCUCUGCAGCGAACUGAACUCUUGCCGGUUAGAUGCCACCUGCAUAGCGACUUGCUUCGUCAACAACACCACCGGUUUCUCUGUCUACACCUCCUACUGUACUGGGUACCCUCGGACCAUGGAGCGGUUAGCCUUACUCGCCUCUCGACCACAAAGUGCUAGAGAGUUCAGAGAACGGCAGCUGGAUUUGAGGCAUCCUUUGCCUCUGGCAUCAUAUUUGCUGAAGCCUGUGCAGAGGAUAUUGAAGUACCAUUUGCUAUUACAGAACGUGGUGAAGCAGUGCGCAUCUCGCGAGACAGAGUACGCGCUGCUGCAGAUGACGGGCAUCGCGCACCACAUCGACGACAUGAAGAGACGCCACGAGCAUGCCGUCAGAGUGCAGGAGAUCCAGUCACUGUUAUACGGAUGGAACGGCCCGGAUCUGACGACGUAUGGAGAACUAUGUGCCGAAGGGACAUUUAGAGUUUUCGGCGCCAAGGCAAUGCGACACGCUUUUCUGUUCGACAAAAUGCUUCUCGUCACCAAGAACCGAGAGGACGGCAUACUGGCAUACAAGUCACACAUCAUGUGUAACAACAUGAUGCUCGUGGAGUCCAUAGCGGGGGCGCCACUGUCCUUCCACGUGAUACCGUGGGACGCGCCGCGCUCGCAACUGACGCUGCAGGCGCGCUCGCAGCGGCACAAGCGAGAGUGGACCUUAUUGCUUAAGCGAGUGAUAUUGGAGAACUACAACGCAGUGAUACCUUCUCACGCGCGCCAGCUGGUGAUGGAACUGGGACAAAACAAAACCGACGAUGAUAUCCUCGCUGAAAAAUCUCAUAAUCUAAUAACUCAAGCAUCAAUGAGAAAACAAUUGUCUGCCCCAGAGUACCUCGAGAAACGGAAACUAGAGAGAGAAAGAAGAAAAUCAUUCGAAAAUGGCAUCAGAGGGAGACUAAAAAAAGUUAACAGAAAGUAUCCGAUAAACAGUUCUAGAGACGAUAAUCAGGAAUGUGACUGUUCUCAGUAUUCCGCAGAAAAGGGCAUAGAUUAUACAUGUGAUGUGUGUUACAUAGAUCUGUGUUCAGAUUGUGAAACUGAAGUCACUAAAGACAAAAUCAAAGAUGAGAAAUGUAGUUGUAAAAACACUGAUAAUGAAUCAAGAGAUAGAUGUGCCGAAUGCGAUAGAGCACUACAUUAUAUAGACUCUGGAAGCACAGAACAAAUUGAAAGGAAAAAGUCAUGUAAAUGUUCCGAUUUCAAAUCUUCUCAAGAGAGUGUCACAAAAGAAUUCAGCGGAUCUUUAAACAAAACUCGGGGCUAUCAUUCGACUGACAAUAUUGUUAGUUACACAGACAGUAAAAGUAAAGAAGACUUGUCAGAUACUAACACUUCCAUGACUAGCGUUAAAAAUAUUCCAAAAACUUGUCUUAAAUGCUCUAAAAUCAAAGAAAACAUUGCAGUGGUUGAGGCAACGGGAACGUUACGUAGAGAAAAUACAAUGAGAAAAUCUAGAUGUAGUAUUGAAAAGCACAGAACUGAUACUUUACGAUCAAAAUCAAAGGACGAUCCCCAGAGAUCAAAAUUAUCCAAAAUUGGUACUUGGAGAAGAAAAUCAGAACCAGGUUUGCAGAAUACCGUUAUAAUAGCCAAGAAAUCUCAAGAUAGUGAUAGUGAAAGAACAGAAAGUAAAGGUAGUGAAAAAAUAGAAUUCGAAUGUCGAAACUGUGGUUCUAAUAAAAUCACUAAGAAAACCAAAGCCAAUGAUGGAUCUAUUAUAUCUGAUCCAGAACUAGACAGUAGAAAAAAAAUUACCAACAGUGGCUUUAAACCGAAUUUAGAGAUAAAGAUGUAUAAUACAAAAAAUAUACCAAAGAAAAUCUCAAAAAUAAAGAAAAAUAGAGCGAAAGGUCUGCGUCUUGGAUCAGAUACAACAACACGAUUUUAUACUGAUUUUUCAACUGACGUUUCCACAGAAAAUAUAUUGCACAUAUCAGAAUCUACGGACAGCCUAAAUAUCGACAAAUCAAAGAACCAACCAAGCUUAGAUAUUCCAGACUCAAUUAGCAAAGAUGAGGAUAUUGAUGAAGAAACUUACAAAAAACUCAUAGAAAAAACAGACUCAUUCAAAAAGAAUGAACUAGAAAAAGUAAAGUUCUUAAAUAAACAAAAAGUAAUAUCGGAAGGAACUGAAACAGAAGAUAAAUUACAAGAAAUUGAGAAGUUGCACGAAGAAGUAGAAGUUCAAGAAAGCUGCGAGGAUAUUGAACAGCCGUUAGAGCAAAUAAUAUCUCAACUUUUGUUGGAGAACAGAGAAUUCCAAAAACUACUCAAAAAACAACAGUUACGUAAUAGUGCACAAAGAAGACAUCAGAGACUUCUCAAAUCGCAUUCAAACCCAGAUACAGUGAUUUUAGCCAAAAAUGAACUUACUAAAUUAAAACCAAAAUAUACUAGACAAUUAUCAGAGAAUAUAGAGCUAAAUAUUAAUGAACCAAAUGAUCCAGAGCAAACUGUUCUAAGUGAAGUCGACGAUGGAUCUGAUGAUGAUCAUAUUUAUGAAACUCUGCGAAUAGAUAAUAGUAGAGUCGAUAGUAGCUUACAUGAGUUAAAUAAUAAAAGCAAAUUAAUACAACAUAAUACACAUGUUUCUCGUCCCAAACGGUUAUCUUCUCCUCAAAACCCUAUCGUAAGCACUGAAACGACAAGAAUUAUUGGGCCAGAGUCAGAUUAUGUCUAUUUAUCUUUUGAUGAAGUUAAACGACGAGAAAACUUAGAAGAUGGGGUAUAUGAUGUGCCUGUGAAAACCCCAGAAAAGGUUUCUAAAGUUCACCAAACUACAAAUGUUGCAGAUUACUAUGUUGCUAUGGAAAAUCAAGGACCUGCAACGAACGAAGAAAAUAUUUACGACAAUUUAAUAGAAGUGUGUCGACGAAAAAAAGAAGUGCCGAAUACUUUUCCAACGGACUAUUUACCUAUGAGUCCUGAACAACAGAGUCCCAAUACUCCAGAAAUAUGGUUAAGUCGCCAAAAAGAGCAUUUCAACGUUUCUAGAGAUAGAAAAUCCGGUUCUUUGCCAAGAAGUUUUCAAGUAGUAAUGAGUGGCCAGGAAGAUAAUAAUUUAAGCACUUUUAAAUAUAAACCCAACAGCAAUAGCAAAACUUACCUGAACAGAGAUGGCAAAGUCAUGAGCGUCGAUCGACCAUUCACAAUAGCUUCCGAUCAAAGCGAAAUAAGUUAUGAUGAUGUCGAAACUUACAUGAGCGAAGGGGAUAUACUGAAAUUCAAUAAGGGCUCAAAAUCAAAAGAUGAAGAAUUUUCCCAAAACAUUAGUAAGUCAACAUUAGAAUUAGAAGAAGAAAUUGACAGGUGUUAUAAAAACAAUUUUGAAAAAGUAGAUUUAGAUACAAGUAAGGAAGAAAAUCCAACAAGCACAUCUCAAGUAAAUUUAAACAUUUCCACAACUUCAUCUUGUGAAGCAUUGACAGUUGAACAAAGUGAAGAAAAAUCAAAACUAGUUGAUGUUAUACACCCUGAACAUAAAAUAUAUAAACCAACAAGUAACGUACUUUCAUUAAAAAAUGUUCUUAGUCGAUUUAAAGGCCGUACGCCACCGAAAAAUAAUGAAGAUCUAGAAAUAAAUGCAAAUGAUCAAAGCUUCGAAGGUUCAAAGACUGAAUUAAAAAGCCCUAUCGGUGAAAAAAGGUCUGCAUUAAAUCCUCGAAGUUACUCGAAAAAUUUGCUACAGAGAUUUAGAAGUAUUAUUGGUGAUGAACAGCCAGAUGACAACCAAAGUAAACAUGAAUCUUCAAAGGUAAAAGGCGGUGAUAGUCAGAAUAAUAUUGCAAAAACCGAUAUAAAAGUUGUUAUAACAUCUACAGAUAACAGUCCUACAACGUCUACUAUGGUAUAUUCUAUUCAUAGUGAUGCUUUAAGCAAAAGUGUUUGUGAACACACUACAAUAUGUGAGAGUCAGAAGGAGAAAAAUAAUUUAGAAGUUUUGUCUCAAAGUUGUGAAAACAUCAAUGAAAAGCCGACCUUGUACCGACCAAGCUAUGAUAAAAGUGUAAGUAUGAUUACGAGUUCCAUGAGUAGUACUCCUUCGCCAUCUAAAUCUAAUUGCAGUUCUUAUCAGAGCCUAAACAAACUGCCAGUUUAUAUGCAAGGUAGCAAGCAUUUAGGUGCUAGAAUAGCUCAAUCUGACUAUGUAGAUCCCACAACCUUGAUUAAUGAAAAAAAUGCACUUAAAAAUGUUAACGUACUUAUUAAUAAAAACGCCCUAAGGCCCGAUAGUUUAUUUUCAAAUUCCUCAUUUGUUACUUCAUCUAGUGAAAGUACAUAUCAUGAAAGCCAAAAUAAGGCUAGUACACAACAAACUCUAGUGACCGAAAAGUGUGUAGAAAAACAAAACUCGGAUGAGAGCUUUUACGAAAGAUCUUUUGAAAAGAUAGAACAUAUCACAGAUGAAGACAUGUUUAGAGAUUCAGCUGUUUAUUCUGAUCAAGAUGACAUUGAGUAUGCACAGAGUGAACAGAGUGAAAAAGACAAAACUGUAACUAAACAUAUGACUAGGGUGGAAAGUAUUAAACGUGAAUCUUCGUUCAGAAGCAAAAAACUGAUUGUUUCAACAAGUGUUUCAGAGAAAAGUAGCGUCAAUUCACGUAUUGUGACAACAGCUUUAAAAAAUCAACAAAUAGGUCGAAAUAAAAAUCAAAAAGAAGAUAAACAUGAGAGUACAGAACCGGUUGUAAAACAUAAAGUAGCUCCACCUGUGCCAAUAAAACCUAAAUUAACGGGUGUUCCUACAGUUACAACAGUCCAAAGCAAAAUCGUAACUUGUAAUAACAACUUAACUAAAAGCAUUGAACAAUCUUCUUCAUCAGAGUCUGUUAAUACGCGAACAAUAAAACGUAAUACCAAUUACAAGCCAUCAUAUACAAGGUCAGAAUCCACACCUGCUACACCAAGAGAUACUAAUAAAGUUGAUGAUAAGGUAACAAAAAGAGACAAGAACGAAAAAGCUGAAAGUAAAUUAGCAAAAGAAGAACCGAAACCUCAAGGGAAUAUACAAAUGAAACGGCUCAGCUUCGAAAGAGCGAGCCUUGAUUCUGUAACGAGGAAAACAAAAACUGUUAUAGAAAGUAAACGAUCUUCAGCGGAACAACCGUCCUCAUCUAAAUCUGUAUUAGAAAGGCGACUGGAAAUAGAGCAGAUGACUAAAGGCCAAAUAAACAAGGCUGUUCAGAAGAAACCGCUGCCUAAACCCAAAUCAGUGACUUCGAAAGUAGCAACAUUCGAGAGGAGUGUUAGUGAAAAUAAUAGCAAAGACAGAAGUACUAAACCAAGUGUCCUCUCGCCUAGUACUUCAAGACAGAGUGUUGUUUUAAACAAAAAUAGUGAACAAAAUUCGGACGUUGUUAACGAUAAUGAUCCUAAAGAAAGCUGGGUGAAACAGAUUGUCAAUAAAUUCCAAUGAGCUUAUUGAGUGAUUACUGAUGCAUUUAGAAAUUAUUCCGUCUGUUUUUGUACUCCACUUUUUUGAAAUCCCAACUUUCUGAACUUAAUCGUAAUUUCUAAGGAUAUAUUGUUAAUUAAUUGUUUAUUAUACACAUCCGUCCAAUUUAUGCAAAAACAUACGCCGUCUGAUAAAGACAGUAGAGGGAUAGAUAACAUCCAUAGCAAGAAAAUGAACAACUUAUGCACUCUGUGAAGAAACUAGGCGAAGUGAUGACGUAAAUCGAAAAGAAAAUAAAAAAAAGAUAAAGAAUUUUUUAUAUUUUCAACCAACGAAAAUACAGCUAUAUUCAAAUGCAUUGAAUUGGACAGGUGUGCACUUAAAUGUAAAUAAUGUUUAUGUUUUGUCAAACCUCCUUGAGCUUUGAUGUCUUGUGCCAUAGACAAGAUUGAUAUUUUGGCGUUAUGUUACAUAAUAAAUACAUCACUAUGCACAAAAUGUAAUGAAAUAACCAAAUCGCACAUUGUAUAUAGAGAUUUGUUAUUGCUUAUUAUGCUAUGUAUUUAUCUAAAAGUGCCAUGAAAGAUACGCAGCAUUGAACCUUUAAUAUAAUAUGUUUCCAAAAAUAAAAUAUUAUUUCGUGCAAUGGAAUUUGAAAGCAGUUUCAAAGUAUUUAUUUUAAUUUAAUUUUUAAGUAUUAUCUCUUAGAAUACUAACACCAAAAAGUAGUGAAGUUAGGUUAUGUUUUGUUUUGCGAUUGAUUAUGAAAAAAAUAUAAUGUCGGAUAUUCGACUACAUUCCGAUUAUUUCGAACACUGCCAAUUGUGGUUCUGAUUUUAUUUUUAUAUAACCACCUACCUUCAUUCUAUUAAAGGUACUAUUUCAGUACCCAUGUUUAUAAUGAUAAUAGUACAAUAUUUACUUGUAUUUUACAUUUAUGGCCAAAUUGAAAGAUAUUUUUUUCGUUUUUUUUUUUUUUUAAUUUUUUGAUAGGUAUAAUAACUAGCCACGACUACAACCUCUUAGAAUAAUUCGACCGAUUUAGAAACCGCAUAUUCCCAAGGGAAUCAGUAUUUGCAUUGAAAACGAAAAAAUAAUUUAUGUUUAAUUUUUAAUUAAUUUUAUCGCAGCAGAAGACAAAGUAUACUUAAAUUACUUAACUCGUGGAGACUGUUAGUUGAUUAAGUUCAUCAUUAUUAAUUAAAAAAACCUAAAAUUUUAGGAGAAUUAUACUAACAUACUUAUCGUUAUUUAAAAAAUCAUCUCAAACACUAUACGUACUCCGCUCGUUGAGAUUAAAAUAACUUAAAAUUGGAAGUGUAUUAAUUAAUAUAUAUUUAAAAUUAGUUAUUCUUAUUACAAACUCGAUACUGUUGAGCCAAAGUCAAAGUUAUAUUUUCUUCACUCAGCACUCAUUUGAAAUCGUUGUUUGAUAAUGAUUUUCUAUAUUAAUAACACAGAGUAACCAAAGUCUUUACAUGCAACGUAUUGAAGCCGGUGAAACCCAUUUAAAAAAAAAAACGCCACACGUCUUCUUGACCACUGCAUAUACAAACUUUUUUCAUAAUUUGUAUUUCAAAAUUUAGCACUAACAACAACUAACAAAUAUUCAUUUACGUAAUUGUAAAUUAAUAUAAUAAUCAAUAAUUACCAAUAACAAAAUACUUGAUAUUUUUCUUUACUUUUUGUGAACAGUUUUAAAAUAUUUAAAAACAUAAGACGCCAUUUUUCUUGAAUAAUAUUGCAAGUUACGGCUGCGACGCGUCGUGUCGUACUGACUCGAGAAUGUAUUCGUUUUUGAAUUUCAUAUUUGGAGCGGCUACGACAACGUUUCGUACGCUCCAUCUGUAUAUUAUUGAUUAAUCUGUGUAUGGAAAGCAGUGCUUUUUAUUUGCAUAAAGUGAACAGCUCAACUAUUGACUCAAUACAGGAUUAUAAUUAACUUGACAACUGGCUCGAAUGAUGUUUGUAUUUGGUUUGGUACUCAGUGUGCCUAGUGGGAGUUUUCAAUAUUUUUAUACUGUUACUAUCGCGUUGACGUAAACGGAUUUAUAUGGAAUUUAAACAGUUGUGCAGUACUGCUACUAGAUGUUUGACUGUUCCAAUUCCUUAGAAAUUGGCGUUAACGUUAACGCGAUAGUAACAGUAUCAAACUGCCACUAGGCCCUCUGGUAUCAAGAUAUUACGCACGUUCUAUUAGGCUCAUUAUAUCGAAGUUGUAAUCAGAAUAUGUAAGGGCCUGUAUCAAUUGAUAAAUAAUCGCAAAUAAUAUAUUUUAUAAACAUUUUUCUAAUUAUUCCAAAACGGGCCUUAUGAUAUUAUUACAUAAUAAAUUAUUAGGUACGAUUUUGUACGCAUUGUUUGAUAAUAAUUUAUUUUAGAUAAGUAAUUUAUCUAAUGGUUAAAUAGGACAGUGAAGUUCUUUUCUGUAUUCUAACCUUUUUAAGUCCUUCAAUAAACGUAAAUUAAAAAAAAAAACAUGAAGUCCUUGUUGAACAGCGUGUACAAAAUUGUCUUUAUUUUUAAACUAAAUAUCGUUAUUAUAACGUACAUAAUGUAAUCAAGCCUUAAAAAGUGCAAACUAAUGUCUAUGGUCUGGUGAAGUUGUAAAUAAAAUAACAGUGAGAAAAAAACUUUAAUUUAUGAAUACUUGUGAGAAUUCAUUAAUACGGGAAAAUUACACAGGUAUAGAUCCCGGUAAGUAAGUUGGACCAAAAUGGCGGUUAUAUGUGGCGGUUCAAAUAAUAAACCAAAGUAUAAGACGCGUGCUCCAUUACAUGCCCAGUGCCCAGAAUAUCUUUUCCUUUACGAUCCUGACGAUGACAUAACGAACGACAAUGCUUCCCAGGCAACACAAACACAAGCUACACAGCGUCUUCGCCGGCGAAGACGAGGUCCCCGAUAUCUGACGUCACCCAGACGUGGGCUUUUUAACUCACGAUCUCGGGGGCGCCCGGACUGAUACACUCAGGCCAACACACCCUUCCCGAACGGCCCUCUAAGUCGAGGCCCGAGUCUCAGAGGAGACGCCCUUAGAGAGUCGUUCCGCCCACUACUUUCUUCUGCCUUCGGGCCCCAUCAGGCGAUGCUUCUGCGCUCGCCCAAACCCCCCGGUGACGCCGCUGAGGUCCCAUAAGGAGCCUACGGCACUUACACAAUCAGAAAAAAAAAAAAAGAAUAUCUUUGAUAUUCAAAUAGAAUCCGCGCCACUAAAGAAGUCUCGCGGCGAAUACCUGAACUAAAAUAAACAGCGCCAUUAAGAUAUUAGCGCCGCGUCUACAAGAUUUGUUUUGUGGCGCGGAGUAUAGUUCAAAAUUUCGUACGCGAUUGUAAUGGCGUUAACGUGUUGCUAUGGUUACUCGCCGCACAUCGACGAUGUGUCACUUAGCUUUGUUCAAACAUUCGUUUUUAUUAUGGCUUUGCAGUUCCGCCGCCCCGCCCUCAAGUAAUAUUUUUUUUUAUCAAAUAAUUUGCCCUGUAUAGGCGAAAGGCUGUAUAGGCCCUGUCGCCCGUCGUUGUCUGUCAGUCGAUCCUAAGUCAAUCUCAUGUUUUUUUCUUGGUUAUCCAACAUAUCGCAGGGUAUUAUUCUGAAAUAAUUGUGGUGUGUGGCAUAAAGUAACAAUAAAUAUACAUUUUCCUUCUUUCUUUACUUUCUAGUAAGGCGAAGGCAACCUUACCAAAACUUUAUAGAGUCACUGAAAAAAUCGAAACAGAACUAUCACACUAAUAUUCUAUAGGCGAAAGUUUGUGUGUGAGUAAAUAUGUUUGUUCCUACUUUGCGCUUAAGUGAAGCAAAGUACUGAAAUUUUGAAUGAAAAUAGAUUUUACUCACAUCUACUAUAACGAGAGCUACAUGUGAUUUCUACGAUUUAUCCGCCAAAUACAUAGUUCAACUUAUAUACCGCGUACUAUAACAAGAUGAACCGGAGUUUGCGCGUUCUAUUUUCAAGUAAAACCUAUUGAUUAUUUCCGCGCGACAUCUAUUAGCGAAUAUAGUCUAGGGAUGGGAAGUUAUAUUAUUUUAUUCGCAGACUAUACGAGUAGGGAUGGGAUCCUAUAUUAUUAUUCUAUUUACAAAAUCACCAGAGUAAAAUAAUCAACAGCGUACAAUGAAAGUUGUGAAUUUAACUCAUUAGUAGAGCGACGUAGUGUUGUUUCGUAUUAAGUAUUAUUAAUUGCGUAUUGCCCAUAUCGUGGUACACUUUGAUAAUAAUAAAAACGAUUUUUUCUUA